AUGAAUAUGGACGGAGCCAUGGAGCAAUGUGAGUUGCCUUCAUUCCAGCCCAACAGCAUCGCAGGUGAUGAUCUGGGGCUUACACUCUCCCCUGGAUCUCAGUCUCAAAUGCCAGAGUCAUGGCUGCAGGAUGGGAAUGCCCUCGACCUCGGUAUCGACAUCGGCCUUGACUUUGACCCCUUCACGGACUUUGGCCAGCUGGUUUCUCAGCUAGAUGGUUCGAACAAGCGUACACGUGAUGAUCUCGAUGACCUCUUUGAAGAAGGAUGCAGUUCCCCAGAACCCAAGAAGCAAAACACUGGAGAUCAGCAACUCUCGCCGGCUUGGGACAAAUCGUUGAACAUUGGGUCGACGAAUGAAGCGUCGAUCUUGUCGCACGCUGCCCCGGAUUCUCACGCCACUGCUUCGGCAAGCUCUGCUAUACAGAAGAAGUUUUGCCUUGACCAGCAGAGUAUUGCCUAUCAUGCGGCUGUCGAAGCAAUGGUCCACAGGCCCUACCCAAAGCACAUCUCUCCAUAUGGGUCUGUUGGAUAUCGUCCAUCGGCACCCGGUCUCCACUCGAUGAGAAUUGCGACCGAAGUUUCACACGACACUCUUCACAAUAGGCUGCUGAACUCCAGGCGCAGGGUGGAUGUUCUCACGGCUGAACGGAACAGGUACCGUGAUGCCUUGCUCAAGUACACCAGCAUCGAUCCGAAAACGGGUAGGCUGGGAAUUCAUGUCCAAGAGGCCGAGUUGGCAACAUUGCGUCGAGUGUGUACCACUCAGCAGCAGCGAGCCAAAAAUUUCAAGGCAGAAAUCGAGGAGUGGAAAGGCAAAUAUGUCAAGUUGGCUCAAACCCAUAACUCACUGGUCCGGGACUAUCAACAAUACACUUCGUCCGGGACAGCUAAGAAGCCAAAUGUCUCGAAUGAGUGGGAAGGCAGAUACACCCAAUUGAGUCAAGCGUAUAAUGAUCUAUUGGGCAUGUGCGCUCAAUUAAACCCUUCUAUUCAAAUUGCCCCAUUGAGACAAUCCUGGAAACAUCCUGAAUCGAAUCCAGCGUGUGACCCAUCGACGUCUGCCAUUCAACACCCUGCCCCUUCGAAUACAAAUAUCUCCUACCCUUCUCCUCCGACUUCGACUUCUUCUCCUAUUCAUCUCUCCGCCACCGUUCUUCCACAACUUUCUCCCGAUCUUCCGGAAGACCGUGUUGCUCUCGAUUUGCAUUCCCAGCCACAUCAUACUGAAGACUUCGCUCCUCGAGCACCUACCAAUUCUCCAGUUCAUCCUUCUACUGCUGGCUCAGUCACGAUGAACAACAACACCGCAUUCACCAUCAACCUGGCUCACGGGGCGACCGGUGCCAACGCGCGUCCCAUCAACAACCCUAUGAACUCUACCGCCAACCUCUACCACUCGCACGCUGUAUCUCCCAAGGAAGUCGAGGUGAUCGAUCUGACCAUCGACGAUCUAGAUACAGACAAAGUGAGUACCCAAGGAUUUGCUCCCAUGCGCAAUGUUCAAGACACCCCGCUGACCAAGUUCCACCGUGAAUUCAGGAAGAAAGACCUCAAGUGGCUGCACCAGGUUAGCGAUCAUGACGCUGUCGACAAAGUCUUCGGCAGCCUCAACCCUCACCACAAAAAGAAAGUCUACGAAAACGGGCUCGGAGUCUGUCACAACGUCCUCGAAACUCAAAAACACAUUCGUCGCAACCUUGGUGGUCCCUUCAACGACCCUACAAGCGAUCUCCUCGUCUCCGCGAGUGCUGCCCUCGAGAAUCAUGUCGCCGCCAACGCUGCUCUCGUUCAUGCUGCCAUUGCCAUGAAAAAGAAUGCCGCCGGAUCUGCCGCCCGAUCCGCUGUCAAGUCUACCCCCAAGCUCACCAUCACGGCCAUCACCAAGACUACGACCAAGAUUACCACGAAACCUACCAUUACGUCUUCUAUCAAGGUUAUUAAGGCUGCCAAGGCUUCUGUCAAGUCUGCCAUCGAGACUGCUGUUGAGUUUGCUACCAAGCCUCACACUCCCGAACCUGAUGACCCCGCCGCCGUUGCUGCUGUCCAGGCCGGUUUCUACAACCCCACCGAUGAUGAUCUUGGACGCAUGAUCGAGGAUGAGAUGCUUCAGGAGAUGAUUGACCGCGAGAUGGAGGAUAUGGAGGUGAUGAAGACUGUGAUUUCUAACUUGUCUUGA